AUGUUCGCCAACAAGUAUUACGAACGUGACAUAGAAUACGUAUUCGCGACGAAUCGCUUCUUUUUUCGCUUAGUAGGCAUAUGGCCAUUCGCGAGCGUAAACUCUUUUAUUCCGGAAUUAGUGAAGACGGUCCCGCUGAUACUCACGUGUUUUGUUUCCCUUCUCGGCGAAAUAAUUCCGAUCAUGCUCUAUAUAUUCAUGGUGCUGACGGACGUUCGCCUACGGCUGAAAGUCGUGGGCAGCGCGAUAUUCGCAAUAGUAGAACUCAUCAAGUACAGUUACGUGUUGCUCUACAAGGAUCAAGUAAGGAACUGCCUGAUGCUCGUCGAUGAAGAUUGGCGAAACAUUGUCAGUCCAAGUGUUCGCGACUCGAUGAUUGACAGAGUCAGAACCGGUAAACGUUUGAUCGUGAUCUGUGCCGUACUUGUGUAUAUCACUGGCUUGAGCACUCGAUUAGCCAUGCCGUUGGCAGUGGGCAAGAUUGUCACCCCUGAAAAUAUUACCAUCAGGCCUCUGCCGUGUGUUGCUCAUCUCGUUAUACUCGAUGUGCAACAAACUCCUAUUUACGAACUCAUGUAUUUCAUACAAUCUCUCUCGGGAUUUAUAAAGUAUACGAUUACGGUGGCAACUUUCGGUUUCGUAACCGUCUGCGGAAUGCACUUUUGUGCACAAUCAGAAAUGCUUAUGCAAUUAAUGAAUAAUUUUGUAAACGAGAGUCGAUCGGAAAACUUGAACAAGAGGUUGGCUACUGUCGUGGAGCAUCAAAUCAGAAUAAGAAAUUUUUUAGAAUUGGUGCAAAACGUGACCCAAUUUACGAGUUUAAUAGAAAUUGUGGGGUCAACCAUAAUGAUAUGUUUCGCAGGAUAUUAUAUUAUCAUGGAAUGGGAAGAUAAUAAUAUCGUUCGUCUGUGUACAUAUCUUUCAGCAUUAAUAAUGUUUUGUUUCAAUGUAUUUAUCUAUUGUUAUAUGGGCGAGCAGAUUAUCGAACAGGGAGAGAAAAUAGCAUUAACUGCAUGCACAUUAGAAUGGUAUGAUCUCCCGGACGACAAAGCGCGAUCGAUAAUACUGAUCAUAAUCAUGUCGAAUUCUCCGAAAAAACUCCAAGGCGGAAAAUUCAUUGAUCUUUCCUUUAGAACUUUUGGCAAUAUUGUUAAAAUGGCUGUAACAUAUCUAAAUCUUCUUCGUUCUGUUGUUGAAUAG